AUGAAUACCACCAAAUUAAGCGAACAAAAGUAUUUGUUCCACUCGGGACAAACUUAUUGCGUCUAUAACGAUAUGACGGAUGGAACAAAGAUUCACGUUGUACAAAUCAAUGCUGAUCGUUUUUCUGCUUUCAAAAAAUGGAUAUCACCUGGAAAUAGAGAAUGUUGUCCCUUUACAAACCAUGAUUGUUGUUUCUCUCAGGUCAAAUGGGAACUCACCAAUUUCAGGGUUAAGUUUGAGUUUCCGUUAUAUACGAGUGAAUACAAACUAAUCAACUGUAGGGGCGGUGGUGCCCUUGUUUUGAAAGGAUCACUUGCAGGAGGUUAUUGGGGAGAAUGUACUGAUGAUGAAGGAGUAACUCGACAACUGGCAUUUGGUGAGGAUCGUGUAUACUAA